AUGAGUAUCCACUUGGGCGAAUUUGUUGGUACGGCUAGUUGGUAGUAAAUACAAGUCCUCAUAAAUUCUAUAAUAUUGUAGAAAUCCACCACAAUUUGUAACUUUGAUACAAUACUUCAAAAAGUAAAUAAGUAGCUAAUGUUUUGGGUGUAGAAAAAUAUAGUAAUAAGUUAAAAUAAACUUUAAAAACCAAUGAAAACUACAAUUCGUAGAUAGAUAACUUCAUUUUGAAACGGCAAGAAAAAUAUGCGCAGAGCCACAUAAUCGGAGGACUUGGUGCACAAGCAAAGGCUAUCGACCUUCCCGCGGUUACUUGAAAUAACUGUUAAGUUGUUGGAAAUAACUAAGUUGAAGCAAACGGCGCACAGGGCGCCUUGUUUAACGAACCAGUCGCGUCUGUUCUUUGCCUUAGAACUAUCACCCAUAGGUAGUAUUGUCUUAACUCAAAUUUAACUAAAUAUAAUGACGAAAUUACUAGUUGUGGCAUUCUGUGUUUUCUUUUGUCAAUGCGUUCAGUCAGCUUCAUACAAUCAGAGACAAACAGGUGAACUAAAUGUGCAACUCGAACUGAACGAUGUUCAGAUCUUUGCUUUAAUGAAAGGCAAAGAUGAUUAUGUGGAUUAUGAUUACGCCUACGAUUAUUCGGAAAUGACUAUCAAACCAUCAGGAGGCACGACACGAAAACCGUUGAAUAAAACAAGUACACUUGCUUUAGUUGUAAACGAUAAUGUUACAACAGUUUCUUCGCUACAUCAACCGUCAAAAGUUUCUACAACUGAAGGCUUGGUUUCAACUAUUACUGUGGAUACUGUCUCCGACAUCUCUCCAACUACGGAAACAGUAAACAAACAAAAUAUGACUUCGCCCACGACAACGCCGAGCAUUUGUAGACAAGGAUUUGUUAAGAACGAUAAAGGUUUAUGUGAAUUUAAAUAUGAAAAUGCGUCUAAUGCGUUAAUGCAAAUGGUAAGAUUAUCUCAAAAGUUAAAGAGGAGGGAAAACUAAGUUUUAUCACGUGGAAUUCAGAUUGGGAGGACCAUAAUAAGACACUCGCCUUCGGUGUUAACACAAAUUUGAAAAGAACAAGCAGUGCACGUGAUUUACCUAAUAAUAAAAUAAAAUAUAAAAUUUGUGCCUAAAAUAAAGGCUAAGCAACUUUAGCUUUAGCAUAUAAUUAUAACAUUUGUUAAAAAAGUAUCUAUAAUAGUUAAAUGUAGAAAAAAUAUAUAUUACAUUGUUGGAAAUUAUUCCUUCAUAUUUCUUUGCCAGAUUACUGUAGAAUUGGAAUAUCUAGGCAGGUACCCACUUUGUGUUUUUCUAGCGCCUAUUUUGUCCAGGUACGCAGAUUUUUUUAAUAGUCAGCAGCUUAAAUGGUGUGGUCGAUUUAAUUGUUUAAGAUUCCGUAUAGAAUUGCAAAAAUAAAACAGUAAGUACGAUUGUUUUCUCUAGUUGUUAAUAGACUUUGUUUUAUUUAAUUUAAUUAGGUAGUAGCCAUUGACGAUCUUUCGAUAAACAAUUUAGAAAUUUAUCGUCUUUUUAAAAUAAAAUAAAAACAGAACGAAUAAUUGAAUAUAUAAUAGUAUUAUGCAUGUAAAAUUAAUCGAAAUUUUGAGAUGUCAGUUUAUGGUUGAAUUUCGAUGUCAGAUUCAACGUUAUCAUAAUAAUAUUAUUAUUUCGACGACAUUUCUCAAGGUGGUGGUGGUAUUCACCAUGCGGUCAUGGAAUGGGAUCCCGUAAUCCCCAAAUACCACUGUAGGCUUACACCAAUGCUAGAUUUAUUAAAACUAUGAGGCGGAUUUAUAAUGUAAUGAUUUACACUGAUAUUAUUGUCCUAAGACUCGCAGGCGAACAAUCCGUUGCUUUAUAUAAUUUAAUAUUCGUUAAUUUAACAUUAUCAACUAUGUAACUAUUUUUUAGUGUAAUAAUUGUUAACAGAAUAACAAUAAGAUCCGGAAUUGUCUUUACACAUCUGUUUAAAUGACGUGUUGUGCCAAGUGCACAGCUACUGUUAUAUUGUUUAAGGUAAUAAAGAGUUAACUUGAACACUA